ACAUCCAAAAUUCGUGUCAAAAAUAGAGCCCCCGUUCCCUCCUAUCAAAUGGGUGACCCAAACGACUCCGAUAUGGAUGGAAGUAUAUCCAAUCAGGAAGAAGAAGAUGAUCUGAGAGAUGAUGAGUAUGACUCUGAAGAGGAGGCACUGGCAAUGCAAUCGUUGAAUUCAAUAUCGGCUUUAAAUUCAAUGAAUGCAAUCAACAGAAUCAAAAUGGAGGACAUCAAAGACAACGGCAGUAAUGGUAGAGACACAGACAUAUUGGCCAGACUUAGACAACAAGAAUUGGAUGAAAGACAGAGGGAUGAAAUGGAAAGGGAGUUCAAGAAUGCCCGCACACAACAAGAGAUCAUAGCUAACCUCCAGAGACAGAUGGCUGCGGCCAACCAACUCAUCAGUGGUCUUCCGGGCGCUAACUUUGCAAACUUAGCCGCUUCUAUAGUAUCGAGUACUGGAGGUGUUCUACCCCUCAACACAGUGACCAGUUCGGCCAAUGCGCUGACUAUGGCACCCACAUCCACAUUACUCUCCAGUUCCUCUCCCAGUGCUGCUUCUGGAUCGUCGGGUCCCUCCUCUUCACCAGCAAUACAAAGUAUUGAAGCGGGAAAGGGAUACACGUUUGAGGAACAGUUCAAACAGCUCUAUGAACUGAGUGAAGACCCAAAGAGAAAGGAAUUUCUCGACGAUAUCUUCUCUUUUAUGCAAAAAAGAGGAACUCCAGUAAACCGAAUUCCUAUAAUGGCCAAACAGGUCUUAGAUCUCUAUGAAUUAUACCGAUUGGUUGUGGCCAGGGGUGGACUCGUCGAAGUGAUCAAUAAGAAGAUAUGGCGUGAAAUAACCAAAGGACUCAAUCUUCCGUCAAGUAUCACAAGCGCUGCCUUCACAUUACGCACACAAUAUAUGAAAUACUUGUAUCCAUACGAGUGCGAGAAAGAGAAGCUCAGUUCACCCGAUGAACUUCAGUCAGCCAUUGACGGCAAUCGUAGGGAAGGCCGGCGAUCCAGUUAUGGUCAGUACCCAGAAAUGAUGGGCGCAACGCCUCCUCCGCAACAUAUGAACCGCAAUCAGGGCGGACAUCACCACACUUCACCUCUAAGUCUUGUUUCGCGCCCAUUAAAUGGUCACAAUUCACAGGGACUGUCAUCAGAAGGCGAAGAAGACAAUGGAAGUAGGUCUCCGCCAUCGCAUCCCUUUUCCACUCACCAUCCCUUACCACAGUCUGAGGCAUUGAAUCUUGAGGUGACCCCACGUAAUGCCAGUGAGGCUACACUCAGAGCACUGGAGGCCCGAACCAAAAUGGAGGACGCACUCGGAGUAACUCCUGCUAAACGGUUUCUAACCGAUGAGGAAAGAUUUUUAAUGCAAGCGUUGCCCAACGUUAACAUCAAAGUUAUGAAUAGAGACGGUAGAUCUCAAAUAGAGAGUCAACUGGCAGUCAGUAUGGAAAUCAAUGGCAUUGUAUAUCACGGAACUCUUUACGCUCAGACAACUCGUAGUCGACACUCAUGAAUGUCAUCAAUAAUUAUAUAAUAAUUAUU